AUGCGGGUCAAAAUGCUCCACGCGGUGGUUACCACUGGCUUCGCGACACCCGCUAACAUCCAUCCGCGCAUCGCCCUCCGCCAACUCCCCCACUUCACCCGCCCCCUAUCUUCCGCCACGCCCGCGGCUUUCGAGACAUCGCACGCGCAAACUCCCCGCGCCCCUUCCGCGACCAGCGAGCGCAGCGACGGCCAACCACGCGCAGCGCGCUCCGCGGACAGCAGCGCUAGUUAUGGCGGCGGAGGCGGUGGCGGCGGCCGCGUAGGAGAGGGAGGAGGGGGAGGAGGAAGGGGAGAUGGCGGCAAGCAAAAUUGGAAUCGCGCGCGCGGUGGUGGAGGAGGGGGGUCGCCGCCGUCCGAUCUGUUCGGCCACCAGAUUGGCCGCGAAGGGCGGCGAUUUGGUCAGCCAAUAGUGGAGCGCAAGGGGCGAACGAUCGAUGAGCGGAAAGGCGGAAAUUCCUCCGCGCCCCCUCCCCCGUUCCCCAGGCGCAAGGGGCCUGGCGGAAGGGGCCCUGCGGACGGCGCAAGUCGCGGGAGAAAAGAAGCGGAAUCUUUCCGCCAGGAGCGGUUAGGGGGGAAGGGGUAUAUCGACGGUAGCGACUCGGAGGAGGAGGAGGAUGAUGACGUGUACGAUGACAUGGAUGACCUGGCAGACAUGGAGGCAGAUCUGCUCCCCGGAAUCCCGCGCAACCCGCUGCCCAGGAGCGCGCGGGAGAGGGGCUUCGGCGGAAGCGCUGGCGCGGGCGCAGCCGCUGGCGCGGGAAUAGGGGGAAUGCCGGGGGUGGCGGAAGCGGAGGAGACGGCGGAAGGGGAUCCCGGGGCGGGUGUGAGCUGGAUAAUGAAUGACGUGGACAUGGAUGAUCUGUCAAUGUUCGCGCCAGUUUCUCUGAAGUCCGCCGUGUUGGACCCAGCUGUGCUGAAUUUGUCUCCAACAGGAUUCGAACCGUCGCCUCCAGUGAGCAGCAGUGCCAGCAGCAAUGGCAGGGUUAAUGGGGGCCGGUGGACAGGUGAAACGAGUGGUGUGGGUGAGGGUGCUAAGAGGCAGUCGCGCCAAGGGAGCCAGUCACAACAAGGGACGGGAAUGCUCAAGACGGCACGAGUUGAGACACCUGCAGGAGCACUAGCGAAGGAGGGAGAGGGGGAGGAGGGGGAGGGGGAGCGGUUGGUGCCAGAGCAGUGGUGGUGGGUGCAGGAGGAGCCCAAGUGGGUGGCGCUACACACCAUGGCAGCCACGGGGCAGACGCCCCUUCCCAAGUGGGUAUCGCUGCACACCAUGGCAGCCACCGGGCAGACGCCCUUUGUCUCUCACCUUCUCGCCAGCGGUGCUGCUGUUGACGCGCUUGAUGCGGACGGCACGACAGCGCUGCAACACGCUGUGGCAGGGGGGCGGCUGGCCAUGGCGAAGCUGCUGCUGCGACACGGGGCGAGCCUGGAGAUCCGAGACCAGCACGGAGCCACGUUGCUGCACCAUGCAGUGCGCACCGGCAACGUGGAGAUGGCACGGCUGCUGCUGCAGAAGGGAGCAGACGUCAACGCCGCUGACCAGUGGGGGUGGACGCCCAUGCAUGUGGCAGCACAGAGCGGGCGGCUAGAGAUGGUGCGAGCACUGCUGGUGCUGGGGGGAAAGGCACGCGUGCAAGCACAGGACGGGCGCACCCCUCUGGACAUUGCGCAGGCAUACGGGCCGGCUCACGGGCUGUACAGCGUGGUGGAGAUGCUGCGACGCCCACCUAAGCUGCCUCCUCGGUCCAGCAAGAAGCACUAG